AUUUGUCUCUCAGCUGCCUCUAUUGCCUGCGCGAGUGUGUGAGAUUCUGUGUGUGUUUGUGGCCUUAGUCGCGCCCCUGUGCUUUGCAAACCAAUCUUCAAACAAGCAAACAUGGCGGAAAAGGCAGUGACUAUCCGUACCAGGAAGUUCAUGACCAACAGGCUUCUCUCCAGAAAACAAUUCGUCAUUGAUGUUCUUCAUCCAGGAAGACCCAAUGUUUCCAAGGCUGAGCUGAAGGAGAAGCUGUCAAAGAUGUAUGAAGUGAAAGACACAAAUGCAAUCUUCGUUUUCAAGUUCCGGACUCACUUUGGAGGUGGAAAAUCAACCGGUUUUGGUUUGAUUUAUGACUCUGUUGAGAAUGCCAAAAAAUACGAACCCAAGUACAGGCUCAUUAGGAAUGGACUUGAUACUAAGGUAGAGAAGUCAAGGAAGCAGAUGAAGGAAAGGAAGAACAGGGCCAAGAAGAUCCGUGGAGUAAAGAAGGUAAGCUGAUUUCUUAAAUUUGUUUGGUGCUUUCUUGAUGGUAAUCCACUUCUUACGUAUUUGUUUCUUCCAUUUGUGUUGCAGACAAAGUCUUCAGAUGCUGCCAAGGCAAAGAAGAAAUGAGUUUUUCGUGAUUCUUAUAGACCUGAUUUGCAGCAAUGGACUUUAUUUAAUAGCUCUAUUUUCUUGUUAGGUUUUCUCAAAAUGAAAUCUUUUGUUGUUAGCAUCGGUUUUGGUGUUUUCUGAUGUUUUGUUAUACUAUCAGAUUUUGAGUAUUAUGCAGAGGAUGAUUUUGAAAUUUUUGGCAA